AUGGAUCAAAGUGCACUCCCACCUCACGUCCUCAUCUUCCCGUUACCCUUCCAGGGCCCUGUAAACUACAUGUUUAAGAUAGUCGAGCUUCUCUGUCUUUCAGGCUUCCACAUCACCAUCCUUCUCACCGACUACAUCUACAAUCGCCUUCAACAUCACUUUACUUUUCAUUACCGCUUUCAAAGCUAUCCCUGGUUACAUCUCGAAACCAUCUCCGAUGGCCUACCGGUGGAUGAUUCCCAUUCCGUUGCUAGGGUGCUCGACUCUUUAAGGACCAUAACCAAGAAACUGUUCAAAGAGAUUGGCGGGACUUUAGGUGGCUUUAUAGCCCCCGGGUUGACACGUGAAAUAAUAAAACCAUUGGGAUAUCUAAAGGGUGCCGAGGAGGUAAGCCGAGGCAUGGUGACACGGAUCAGCCGAUUACAACAUCUAGCAUCUGUACCGGGCAUGGAGGGUUUUCUCCGGCGACGUGAUCUUCCGAGUUUGUUCCGUUCCGGUAACCUAUCUGAUCGAACGAUAGCUUUCAUCAAGAUGGAGGGCGAAGAAAACGCAAGAGCCCGUGGACUCAUUCUCAACACAUUUGAAGAACUAGACCGACCCAUACUCUCACAUAUACGUACUGUCUGUCCAAAUCUCUACACCUUCGGACCACAACAUGCACACUUGAAGGCCAAACUCGCAGCGGCAGCAACGUCAUAUUCACCGUCAUCAAACAGUUUGUGGGAAAGAAGACAAGAGUUGCAUCACUUGGCUAGACUCACAACAGUCCAAAUCUGUGAUAUACGUAAGCUUUGGAAAUCUUGCAAUGAUGAUGAGAGUCCAGCUCAUGGAGUUUUGGCACGGUUUGGUGAAUAG